CUUCACCUUUUCCACUAGCUCAUUAUGCCUCUCUCUCACUUGCUCUGGUCCAAAAACACAAACAAAACCCAAAAGACCCACUUUUCAUAGAUUCAAGAAAUCAUGUACUAUCUUCCCAGUUCUUGUUUGGUCUUGUUCUUUCUCUUCUCCUUAUUCCACCAUCUUCCUUGUGUUUCAAGUAAACAAGAACUUGGAUUGUGUGAAGCUCAGUUUCAGUGUGGGAACAUCACCGUCGGUUUCCCCUUCUGGGGAGGGAAUCGUCACAAAGAUUGCGGUCAUCCAUUGCUGGAGCUUCGCUGCUCUAACAACAUCAGCUCCUUAGCCAUCUCAAACCAUCUGUACCAUGUUCUCCAUAUAGAUCAAAUAUCUAACACUCUUAGACUUUCGAGCUCAGAGUUUCAAGGCACAUUUUGCAACUCUACAUUCACAGCCACAACCUUGCCUCCCCAAAUCUUUGAGCUUUCACCGACCUUCAAGAACCUCACUGUUUUCUACCUCUGCGACCCUAAGCGUUCUUACCAUUCAAGUUAUACAUGUUCUGGUUGGGGCCCUAUCUCAGUUUCUGAAAACCUAGAUUAUCAUAAGUCCUGCCUUGACAGUUUCACGAUUAACGUUCCUAAGAGCUUUGUUCCAGAAGAGAAAGAGUUAAAUUUGACACAUAUAGAAAGUGCUUUAAGAGAAGGGUUUGAGGUAAAGCUGAAGAUUGACGAGAAAGCGUGUCAAGACUGUUCAUCUCAUGAAAUCUGCGGCUUCAACAAUACCACACAGGUUUUCUGCAAAGAAGUCUCAUCAUCAGCAUGCAACUCACUCCAUCCACCCAGCCCCGGCUCUAGACAUGUGCUGGAGGUGCUACAGCACAAGCCAUCCACAUACGGCGUAGCCGCACCUUCACCCGGCCCCAUUGCUAUGCCCGACUUUGAUGUAGAAGUUGAAUAUGCUCCACUGUCUCCAGGGUCUUAUGAUGGCACAACCUUGCCUCCCCAAGUCUUUGACCUUUCACCGACCUUCAAGAACCUCACUGUUUUCUACCUCUGCGACCCUAAGCUUUCUUACCAUUCAAGUUAUACAUGCCCUGGUAGAGGCCCUAUCUCAGUUUCUGAAAACCUUGAUUAUCAUAAGUCCUGCCUUGACAGUUUCAAGAUUAACGUUCCUAAGAGCUUUGUUCCAGAAGAGAAAGAGUUAAAUUUGACACAUAUAGAAAGUGCGUUAAGAGAAGGGUUUGAGGUAAAGCUGAAGAUUGACGAGAAAGCGUGUCAAGACUGUUCAUCUCAUGAAAUCUGCGGCUUCAACAAUACCACACAGGUUUGCUGCAAAGAAGCCUCAUCAUCAGCAUCCAACACACUCCAUCCACCCAGCCCCGGCUCUAGACAUGUGCUGGAGGUGCUACAGCACAAGCCAUCCACAUACGGCGUAGCGGCACCUUCACCCGGCCCCAUUGCUAUGCCCGACUUUGAUGUAGAAGUUGAAUAUGCUCCACUGUCUCCAGGGUCUUAUGAUGGGAGCGAGGAUGAUAAACCUAGGAUUCGCUUCUGGGUAUUCCUACCAGUAGUUCUUCUUCUGAUUCUGUUCGUGGUCAUAAUCUACGGACAUAUAAGGAAAUCAAAUGAUAUGGGUCAGCAGAACAUUCCAAACCCAAAACUCAUAGCACUUAUUCCACUGAAGCAGUAUAGUUACGAAGAACUGAGGAGGAUUACAAAUUCAUUCGCGGAAGUAGUCGGGAGAGGAGGAUUUGGAACUGUCUAUAGAGGAAUAUUUUCUGAUGGCCGUAUGGUUGCAGUGAAGGUCUUGAAAGACUUGAUGGGUAAUAGUGGUGAAGACUUCAUCAAUGAAGUUGCAAGCAUGAGCCAAACUUCUCAUGUCAACAUUGUUACCCUGUUAGGAUUCUGCUAUGAAGGUUACAAGAGAGCAAUUAUAUACGAAUUUAUGGAAAAUGGGUCUCUUGAUAAGUUCCUCUCAAGCAAGAAGUCGUCAAAUAUAGAUUGGAGAGAACUAUAUGGGAUUGCGCUAGGCGUUGCUCGUGGUCUAGAGUACUUACAUCAUGGCUGCAGAACAAGAAUUGUACAUUUCGACAUAAAACCACAGAAUGUACUCUUAGAUGACAAUCUUUCCCCGAAAGUUUCAGACUUUGGCCUUGCUAAGCUUUGCGAAAGGAAAGAAAGCUUAUUGUCCCUUCUAGACACAAGAGGAACGAUAGGGUACAUUGCACCCGAAGUGUUUUCAAGAGUUUACGGCAGCGUCUCCUACAAGUCAGAUGUGUAUAGCUAUGGAAUGUUGGUUCUCGAGAUAAUAGGAGCUAGGAACAAAUCAUCAACUGGCGAUACUGUAUCUAGCACAAGCUCAAUGUACUUUCCUGAAUGGAUAUAUAGGGAUCUUGAGAAAGCAGACAAUGGAAAGCGUAUCGAGAAUGGAAUCAGCAGCGAAGAAGAUGAGAUAGCAAAGAAGAUGACGAUGGUAGGUUUGUGGUGUAUUCAGCCUUGGCCAUCAGAUCGCCCAACGAUGAAUAGAGUCGUAGAGAUGAUGGAAGGGAACCUGGAUGCUCUUGGAGUCCCUCCUAAGCCUGUUUUCCAGCAAAUCCCCACAGCAAAUCUUCAAGAAUCUUCUACCUUUUCAGAGGAUAGCUCGGCAUACACAGAAGACGGAUGUUCCAUAAAUGUUGCAUAAAGAAAGAAACCUCCUUGGAACCU